ACGUCCACUCGUCACUAGCCAGAAGGAGGAGCAGAGGGAAGGAGGAUGAGAGAGAGAGAGAGAGAAAGAGGGAGAGAGGAUGAGAGAGAGAUUCUAUUUCGGACGCUCUCUCUCCGACAGACAACAAACACCGAACCCUUUAAAUUAGUAGACCUCAGACUCUGCUGCCUCUCCAGGCUCUGAAAGUAACUCUUUUCAAAUUUUCAGAUUCAGAUGAAGUUUUCGAAUCUCAGUGGCUCAUUUCGCUUAGAUUUUCCAUCGAACAUUUCCAAGGAACCAGAUACAGAAACCAAAUCACCACCAGAAACCCUAAAACUCUGCAGGAACAUCAGUGAGAGACAGACAGAGAUAAACUGUUUUUAACUCAUCAGAUCAUGGAGCUGCAUCAGUAAUCGGUUCUUCUGGAACUAAAGAAGCAAAGCAGAAACUGAAUCCCGAAUCCCGAAUCUCGAAAAACCCUAACACAAGUUUUGUUGAUAUGGAGAGAUCUAGAUCGAAAAGGAAUCACUAUUAUGAUCAGGACUUCGAUUCCCAAACCCUACCACGGACAAAACCACGCUAUCAUCAUCGUAACAACAAUCAAAGCCAUCAUUAUAACAACAGUACCAGCAGUCACCAGACUCACCACCGCCGUGGCGGUGGCGGCGGCGGUGGUCGUUUACCCAAAGCUCCGGGAGUUUCUCCUACUGCAACCACAUGUUAUCGCAUCCUAUGCCACGAUAAUAAAGUUGGUGGUGUGAUUGGUAAGUCUGGUAGUAUUAUUAAGGCAAUUCGUCAAGAGACCGGGGCUUGGAUUAAUGUUCACGCACUCAUGCCCGGCGAUGAAGAACGGAUCAUUGAGAUCUCCGACGCCCGUCGACGUGACCCCGACGGACGUGCCCCAUCUUUCUCCCCGGCUCAGGAGGCGCUGCUCAUGAUCCACGAACGGAUUCUGGCGAGUGAUUCUGAAUUUGGUUUUGGAUAUGUUGGGGGUGCUGAUGAUGAUGAUGACGAUUAUGGUCCGCGUAGUGGUGGCGGCGGCGGCAAUGGUGGUCGUGUUGCCACCAGGCUGGUUGUGUCAAGGAUGCAUGUGGGAUCUUUGUUGGGUAAGGGUGGGAAGAUCAUUGAGCAAAUGAGGAUAGAGACAAAGACUCAAAUUAGGAUCCUUCCAAGGGAUCAUAAUCUGCCCCGGUGUGUUUCGAUGUCAGAGGAAAUUGUUCAGGUUGUAGGUGAUAUUAACGACGUGAAAAAUGCUAUAGCAAUUAUUUCAUCACGCUUGAAAGAGAGCCAAUUUCGUGACCGCAGUCAUUUCCAGGGACGGGUACAUUCGCCGGAGCGGUUUUUCCCUUCUGAUGAUGAUUUCAGUCUGCACAUGAACAAUAUACCUCACCGGUCACCCAUAGAUGAGGCCACAUUAAGACCACGAUCUUCUGCAGGUGUGCCCAGUCUGAGAAACAAUUCAUAUGGCUCACGUACAUCUGGCUAUGCAUUUGAGUCAGGGGCUGGUUCCAUAGCGGACCACCAGUCACAGCCAUUCUCUGGUGAGGACCUUGUGUUUCGAAUUCUUUGCCCAUAUGACAGGGUUGAGAGUGUAAUGGGAGAGGCCAAUGGGAUCAUAGAAAUGCUCAGGGGUGAAUUUGGUGUGGAUGUUAGAGUUAGUGAUCCUGUUCCUGGAUCAGAGGAGCGAAUAAUCAUUAUUACUUCUGAUGAGGCUCUUGAUGAUGAACUGUUUCCAGCUCAAGAAGCUUUAUUGCAUAUUCAGAGUCGAAUUGUAGAUCUUGGCCCAGACAAAGAUAACAUUGUAACCACUAGGUUGCUUGUGCCAUCUGGUGAGAUUGGGUGUCUAGAGGGGCGAGAUGGAUCAUUGUCUGAAAUGAGGAGACUAACUGGCGCAAAUAUAGAUAUCAUUCCCAGAGAUGAACUUCCUGUAUGUGUACUAGGGGCCGAUGAGCUUAUACAGAUUGUGGGUGAGAUAAGAGCAGCCCGAGAUGCUCUUGUUGAGGUGACAUCAAGGCUUCGGAGUUACUUGUAUCGUGAUAUCUCCUUUUCAAAGGAUUUCGUACCACCUUCCAUCUCAGCAGCAGCCCCAGCUGGGAGCAUGUUUGGAUUGGAGGUUGCUUCCCCCAGUAGAAUUUCAAGCCGUGAAAGUUUCCAGGGAAGUGACACUCCUGCAAGCUAUCAAAAUGUGCAGGCUGUUACAAUUGCACGGACAUCAAAGGAAGCUGGAGCAUCUAGUAGUGGAUCAUUGGACCGAGUUGAAGGUGAUAUUCGUGAAGAUGUGCCAAUUGUGCUGAAUAGAAUUGCUGUGCCACUCGUCACUAGAAGCACACUGGAAGUUGUCAUCCCGGAGUAUGCCAUUCCAAAGCUCAUAAUGAGAUCCGGAAACAAGCUUGCACAGAUCAGCGAGUUGUCAGGAGCAAGUGUUAGCCUUGUUGAAGAUAGACCUGAGCUGACUGAAAAGAUCAUUCAAAUAUCUGGUACUCCAGAACAAGCUGAGAGAGCCCAGAGCCUACUUCAAGGGUUUAUUCUGAGCACACAAGAAGAUGGUCCAUCAAGCUAAUAUGAAAGUGGGGUUUUGCACAAACUGAAAGAUGAGAAGUUUGUUACAAUUUUGUUCCCAAUGCAAAAACUAAAAGUGAGAUUCUCUCAGUUUCAUUUAGUAAUUUGACCUCCUAAUGGAAUCCCCGAGGGAGAGUUAUGUAAUUCGUUUCUUAAUUUCGUGUACAGAAAGGUAGGUGUAACUAUUCACGCUGCAGUUUGAAGAUUAUUUCUCUGAGUAUAAUUAAUUAAAAUUUUCAGUUUCUAAGCAUGCUAAUAAAUCUUUUCCUUGCCA